GGAUGGGGAAAGGAUAUACAACAUUUCUGGAGAGAUCUGAAAAUAUCUGUGCAGCAACUCUCCCCAUCCAACCUGACAGAGCGUGAGAGGAUCUGCAGAGAAGAAUGGGAGAAACUCCCCAAAUACAGGACACAUGUAUUUAUUGUAUGACAGAAGAGUUGACCAAGGUGGAAUGACCUAAACCUGACAGCCAUCCCCAGCUAGAUCUCCAACAUGGUGGAAGAUGGCACUAAGAAAGGAGGAAGGAGUCAGGAGAUGGUGGAAGGUGGGAGACGCUGCUGCUGGUCUGGUUUUCGUUGCCGUUUCCUCAUCCUGCUCGUCACCGUGGCGGCCAUCUUGUUCUUCACCAACCACCAGUCAGCAGAGUGUGUCCCAAGAUGGUGGGCAGAAUACCACGGUCGUUCAGUCAACUCCAGUAGCGAAGCAGUUUCUCACAACUCCACUGGUUUUACCAUAGACGUUCAUGAAACUGCGUCUGCCAAUUCAACAGAUCGUCAGACUUCACGUAUCCACUCUACUCAACAGGCCAUCGAACUCAACACAACACAUCAUGAAACUAGUUCCAUCACCUCUGCACUGACCAUCAUCACUAAUCUGAUCACAGAGGUCAAGGCCGUUCUGGCCACUCCUCCUCCGUAUGUGUCCCCAGGACCGUACCAUGUAGAAUACCCAUCAGAGUACAUCUUCAUCCUGGAUGAGCCAGAGAAAUGCCGGGAGCAGAACCCCUUCCUGGUUCUGAUGGUGCCAGUGGCGCCCUAUAACAGGGAGGCCCGUGAGGCCGUCCGCAGGACUUGGGGCAGUGAGAGGCAGGUACUGGGCAAAGAGGUCCGUCUGUUCUUCCUGCUGGGACUGUCCAGUGGAGAGGAGACAGAGCAGGUCCAGGAGAAGGUGCUGCAGGAGAGCAAAGAGCACCAGGAUCUGCUGCAGAGUGACUUCAUAGACAGCUACAAAAACCUGACCAUCAAGACCAUGGUGAUGAUGGAGUGGCUGAGCUCUCGAUGCCCCAACGCCUCCUACGCCAUGAAGAUCGACUCAGACAUGUUCCUCAACGUGAACACCUUGGUCAACAUGCUGCUUCACGCUCCAACGCAGAACUACAUGACUGGACUAGUGGCCCGACGGGGAGCCGUUCUAAGAGACCGUAACUCCAAAUGGUACCUUCCAAAGGAGGUGUUUCCUGAACCAGUAUAUCCACCUUAUGCUCUGGGCCUGGGCUAUGUCUUCACCUUAGACCUCCCCAGGAAGCUGGUGGAGGCGUCCAGGCAUGUUAAAGCCGUCUACAUAGAGGAUGUGUAUCUGGGACUGUGUAUGAGACACCUGGGCAUCCGGCCUACUGCCCCCCCCAGUGGAAACCUCUUCCAUGUGUCCCCUGUGGCUUAUGACCGCUGCACCUACUCACGGCUGAUAGCCACCACCACACAGAGUAUCACUCACCAGGUCAACGCAUGGACAGACCUACACAAACCUGGUCCUCCCUGCUGAUCUCAUACAGUAACAGACUGACUGAUGUACCAAUCACUUCCUUAGUUUGUUUGUUCAUACACUAACUAAAUAACAAACCAAAAACAAAGAUGGCGACACCUCCAGGGGAAAAAGAUAUUCUGUGCAUUUGGAAAGUAUUCAGACCCCUUGACUUUUUACACAUUUUGUUAUGUUACAGACUUAUUCUAAAAUGGAUUAAAUAAAUUUAAAAAACCUCAGUAGCCACACACUACCCCCAUAAUGACAAAGCAAAAACAUCAUUUUUGAAGUGUUGGCAAAUUUACAAAAUUGCUAUGAGACUCACAAUUGAGCUCAGGUGCAUCAUGGUUCCAUUGGUCAUCUUUGAGAUGUUUUUACAACUUGAUUGGAGUCCACCUGUUACUGCCCCCCCUCUUAUAUCCUUUGUGGUGCUGGGAGUUACUGCCCCCCCCUCUUAUAUCCUUUGUGGGGCUGGGAGUUACUGC